GUACUGCUAGAUUAGGAAUUCAGUCAUAACGUGGGGGAGGCCUCUUUAUUCUUCUUCAAAAGAUGAAUAAGACUCACCUCAGCGCACCUUUUUCUACAAGGUAACGUAAGCACACAUUUUCCUUUACAUCUCAUUCAUCAUAAUGAUGUCAACAAGGUUGUGCUUUAAACUAUAAAGGCUGUAGCAAUGCAGGAGCUUAGUAUAGUUUGGAGGAACACUGUUACUGAACACUGAGGAUUUCAGCUACAACAUCACAAUGACAUUUCUUUGACUAAAAAGAAAACAGUUUCAAAGAUGAACAGAAAAAUUCUCAUAGUCCAUCUUCUGAUUAUUGCAUCAGGGAAUGCCCAAAGCCCAACAACUAAUGCCCCCUCAACAACCACAGCUACUGCUGCAACCACAACCACAGCUGCCCCCACGACCACUGCAGAUGGCAUGACGACUACCACAAUUCCGGUCGCAACAACCACAGCUGCUUCGAAUACGACAGCAGCAACCACCACAAUCACAGCAGCCGCCACCAUAACCACUACUGCUCCUACUACAACCACAGCUGCUGUCAUGACAACCACAGAUGCUCCAACUACAACCACAAAUGGAGUCACAACAACCACAGUUUCUCCCACAACAACCACAGCUGCUGCCACAACAACCACAGAUGCUCCAACUACAACAACAAAUGGAGUCACAACAACCAUAGUUUCUCCCACAACAACCACAGAUGCUGCCACCACAACCACAGGUGCCGCCACGGUCACCACAGCAGGCAUCACAACUAGCACAGUUGCUCAUUCAACAACCACAGCUGCUCCAACUACAACCUCAGCUACGUCCAUGAUGACCACCACAGCUCCUGCCAUGACAACAACACUUGCAACUGCUGCAGCAGCCACCACAACCACAGUCGCUGCAACAACAACCACAGGUGCUCCAACUACAACCACAGCUACUGCUGCAACCACAACCACAGCUGCCCCCACGACCACUACAGAUGGCAUGAUGACUACCACAAUUCCGGUCACAACAACCACAGCUGCUUCGACUACAACAACAGCAGCAACCACCACAAUCACAGCAGCCGCCAGCACAACCUCUGCUGCUCCAUCUACAACCACAGCUGCUGCCAUGACAACCACAGAUGCUCCAAUUACAACCACAAAUAUAGCCAGCACAUCCACAGUUUCUCCCACAACAACCGGAGCUGAUGCCACAACAACCACACAUGCUCCAACUACAACAACAAAUGGAGUCACAACAACCAUAGUGUCUCCCACAACAACCACAGGUGCUGCCACCACAACAACAGGUGCAGCCACGGUCACCACAGCAGGCAUCACAACUAACACAGUUGCUCAUUCAACAACCACAGCUGCUCCAACUACAACCUCAACAAUGUCCAUGAUGACCACCACAGCUCCUGCCAUGACAACGACACCUGCAACUGCUGCAGCAGCCACCACAACCACAGUCGCUGCAAGAACAACCACAGGUGCUCCAACUACAACCACAGCUACUGCUGCAACCACAACCCCAGCUGCCCCCACGACCACUACAGAUGGCAUGAUGACUACCACAAUUCCGGUCACAACAACCACAGCUGCUUCGACUACAACAGCAGCAGCAACCACCACGAUCACAGCAGCCGCUAGCACAACCACUGCUGAUCCUACAACAACCACAGCUGCUGCCACAACAACCACAGAUGCUCCAAUUUCAUCGACAAAUGGAGUAACAAUAACCAUCGUUUCUCCCACAACAACCACAGGUGCUGCCACCACAACCACAGGUGCUGCCACCACAACCACAGGUGCCGCCACAGUCACCACAGCAGGCAUCACAACUACCCCAGUUGCUCAUUCAACAACCACAGCUGCUUCGACUACAACAACAGCAGCAACCACCACAAUCACAGCAGCCGCCAGCACAACCUCUGCUGUUCCAUCUACAACCACAGCUGCUGUCAUGACAACCACAGAUGAUCGAAUUACAACCACAAAUAUAGUCAGCACAUCCACAGUUUCUCCCACAACAACCGGAGCUGAUGCCACAACAACCACAGAUGCUUCGACUACAACAACAUCAGCAACAACCACAAUCACAGCAGCCGCUAGCACAACCACUGCUGAUCCUACUACAACCACAGCUGCUGCCAUGACAACCACAGAUACUCCAAUUACAACGACAAAUAGAGUCACAACAUCCACAGUUUCUCCCACAACAACCACAGCUGCUCCAACUACAACAACAAAUGGAGUCACAACAACCAUAGUUUCUCCCACAACAACCACAGGUGCUGCCACCACAACGACAGGUGCCGCCACGGUCACCACAGCAGGCAUCACAACUAGCGAAAUUGCUCAUUCAACAACCACAGCUGCUCCAACUACAACCUCAGCUACGUCCAUAAUGACCACCACAGCUCCUCCCAUGACAACAACACCUGCAACUGCUGCAGCAGCCACCACAACCACAGUCGCUGCAACAACAACCACAGGUGCUCCAACUACAACCACAGCUACUGCUGCAACCACAACCACAGCUGCCCAAACGACCACUACAGAUGGCAUGAUGACUACCACAAUUCCGGUCACAACAACCACAGCUGCUUCGACUACAACAACAGCAGCAACCACCACAAUCACAGCAGCCGCCACCACAACCGUUGCUGCUCCAUCUACAACCACAGCUGCCCUCAUGACAACCACAGAUGCUCCAAUUACAACCACAAAUAUAGCCAGCACAUCCACAGUUUCUCCCACAACAACCGGAGCUGAUGCCACAACAACCACACAUGCUCCAACUACAACAACAAAUGGAGUCAUAACAACAAUAGUGUCUCCCACAACAACCACAGGUGCUUCCACCACAACGACACCUGCCGCCACAGUCACCACAGCAGGCAUCACAACUAACACAGUUGCUCAUUCACAAACCACAGCUGCUCCAACUACAACCUCAACAAUGUCCAUGAUGACCACCACAGCUCCUGCCAUGACAACGACACCUGCAACUGCUGCAGCAGCCACCACAACCACAGUUGCUGCAAGAACAACCACAGGUGCUCCAACUACAACCACAGCUACUGCUGCAACCACAACCACAGCUGCCCCCACGACCACUACAGAUGGCAUGAUGACUACCACAAUUCCGGUCACAACAACCACAGCUGCUUCGACUACAACAACAGCAGCAGCAACCACCAUGAUCACAGCAGCCGCUAGCACAACCACUGCUGAUCCUACAACAACCACAGCUGCUGCCACAACAACCACAGAUGCUCCAAUUUCAUUGACAAAUGGAGUAACAACAACCAUCGUUUCUCCCACAACAACCACAGGUGCUGCCACCACAACCACAGGUGCCGCCACGGUCACCACAGCAGGCAUCACAACUACCCCAGUUGCUCAUUCAACAACCACAGCUGCUCCAUCUACAACCUCAACAAUGUCCAUGAUGACCACCACAGCUCCUGCCAUGACAACAACACCUGCAACUGCUGCAGCAGCCACCACAACCACAGUCGCUGCAACAACAACCACACGUGCUCCAACUACAACCACAGCUACCGCUGCAACCACAACCACGGUUGCCCCCACGACCACUACAGAUGGCAUGAUGACUACCACAAUUCCGGUCACAACAACCACAGCUGCUUCGACUACAACAACAGCAGCAACCACCACAAUCACAGCAGCCGCCAGCACAACCUCUAGUGUUCCAUCUACAACCACAGCUGCUGUCAUGACAACCACAGAUGCUCCAAUUACAACCACAAAUAUAGUGAGCACAUCCACAGUUUCUCCCACAACAACCGGAGCUGAUGCCACAACAACCACAGAUGCUUCGACUACAACAACAGCAGCAACCACCACAAUCACAGCAGCCGCUAGCACAACCACUGCUGAUCCUACUACAACCACAGCUGCUGCCCUGACAACCACAGAUACUCCAAUUACGACAAAUAGAGUCACAACAUCCACAGUUUCUCCCACAACAACCACAGCUGCUCCAACUACAACAACAAAUGGAGUCACAACAACCAUAGUUUCUCCCACAACAACCACAGGUGCUGCCACCACAACAACAGGUGCCGCCACGGUCACCACAGCAGGCAUCACAACUAGCACAGUUGCUCAUUCAACAACCACAGCUGCUCCAACUACAACCUCAGCUACGUCCAUAAUGACCACCACAGCUCCUCCCAUGACAACAACACCUGCAACUGCUGCAGCAGCCACCACAACCACAGCUGCUGCCAUGACAACCACAGAUACUCCAAUUACAACGACAAAUAGAGUCACAACAUCCACAGUUUCUCCCACAACAACCACAGCUGCUGCCACAACAACCACAGAUGCUCCAACUACAACAACAAAUGGAGUCACAACAACCAUAGUUUCUCCCACAACAACCACAGGUGCUGCCACCACAACCACAGCUGCUGCCAUGACAACCACAGAUGUUCCAACCACAAAUGGAGUCACAACAGCCACAGUUUCUCGCACAACAACCACAGAUGCUCCAACAACUACCACAAAUGGAGUCACAACAAUAACAGUUUCUCCCAUAACAACCACAGGUGCUGCCACCACAAACACAGGUGCCGCAACGGUCACCACAGCAGGCAUCACAACUACCACCGUUAAUCAUUCAACAACCACAGCUGCCCCCACGACCACUACAGAUGGCAUGAUGACUACCACAAUUCCGGUCACAACAACCACAGCUGCUUCGACUACAACAGCAGCAGCAACCACCACGAUCACAGCAGCCGCUAGCACAACCACAGCUGAUCCUACAACAACCACAGCUGCUGCCACAACAACCACAGAUGCUCCAAUUUCAUCGACAAAUGAAGUAACAACAACCAUCGUUUCUCCCACAACAACCACAGGUGCUGCCACCACAACCACAGGUGCCGCCACGGUCACCACAAGAAACUACCCCAGUGUAACAACCACAGGUGCUCCAUCUACAACCUCAACAAUGUCCAUGAUGACCACCACAGCUCCGCAUGACAACACCUGCAACUGCUGCAGCAGCCACCACAACUCGCUGCAAAAAAACACGUUCCAACUACAACCACAGCUACCGCUGCAACCACAACCAGGUUGCCCCCACUGGCACAAUUCCGGUCCCAACAACCACAGCUGCUUCGACUACAACAACAGCAGCAACCACCACAAUCACAGUAGCCGCCACUGCUCCAACUACAACCUCAACAAUGUCCAUGAUGACCACCACAGCUCCUGCCAUGACAACGACACCUGCAACUGCUGCAGCAGCCACCACAACCACAGUUGCUGCAAGAACAACCACAGGUGCUCCAACUACAACCACAGCUACUGCUGCAACCACAACCACAGCUGCCCCCACGACCACUACAGAUGGUGCUGCCACCACAACCACAGGUGCCGCCACGGUCACCACAGCAGGCAUCACAACUACCCCAGUUGCUCAUUCAACAACCACAGCUGCUCCAUCUACAACCUUAACUACGUCCAUGAUGACCACCACAGCUCCUGCCAUGACAACGACACCUGCAACUGCUGCAGCAGCCACCACAACCACAGUUGCUGCAACAACAACCACAGGUGCUCCAACUACAACCACAGCUACUGCUGCAACCACAACCACAGCUGCUUCGACUAUGACAACAGCAGUGCUGCCACCACAACCACAGGUGCCGCAACGGUCACCACAGCAGGCAUCACAACUACCACAGUUGCUCAUUCAACAACCACAGCUGCUUCCACUACAACCACAGCAGCUGCCCCACAACAGCAGCUGCUCCAACUACAACCACAAAUGCGCCCCACCACAACCAUAGCUGGCAACAUGACUACCACAGUUGCUCCCACAACAGACACAGCUGCUUCUACAACAGCCAGAGCUACUACAGCAACAGCUGCAACCACCACCACUGCUGCUGGCACGAAUACCACAACUGCUUCAACUACAGCCACAGCUUCUGCGACGACAACCACAGCUGCUGCCACAAACACCACUGUACCAACGACAACCAAAAUUGUUCCCACAACCACCACAGCCACCGCUACCACAACUAAGUCAACAGCAGCGAAUGAGGGGUCAAUGGGAUUAGGGUUCAGAAUGUUCCGUACAUUCCAAAGUGACUACACUGAUUCUUCCACAACAGCAUAUCAGGAACUGGCAGAAAAUGUUACCACAGAGGUGAAUCAUGGUUACAAAAGAAUUUACCCUUUAUCAUACGUAAUGUGUAGGAUUAUUCAGUUCACGAGUGGGUCAAUUAUUGUCAACAUGACCCUUAUUUUCAAGAACCAGACAGUGGUUCCCAAUGUAACGAGUGUGGAGCAGGGAUUGACUGACUCUCUGUCUCACGGGAACACCUUCCUCAACAUUGAUACAACCUCCAUUACUGCAAGAACUACAACUUCCGCAGCCACCACAGUUGCCGCAACUACCACAACAACAACCACAGCCACCCCCACAACAACAUCAACAACAGCUGGUCCUACAACAAACACAGCUGCUUCAACAACAUCUGAUGUUGAAUCAACAAAAAACAAUCUGACAACCACAGAUGCUCCGAUUACAACCACAAAUAUAGUCAGCACAUCCACAGCUGCUCCCACAACAACCACAGCUGCUGCCACAACAACCACAGAUGCUCCAAUUACAACAACAAAUGGAGUCACAACAACCAUAGUGUCUCCCACAACAACCACAGGUGCUGCCACCACAACCACAGGUGCCGCCACGGUCACCACAGCAGGCAUCACAGGUAACACAGUUGCUCAUUCAACAACCACAGCUGCUCCAACUACAACCUCAACAAUGUCCAUGAUGACCACCACAGCUCCUGCCAUGACAACGACACCUGCAACUGCUGCAGCAGCCACCACAACCACAGUCGCUGCAACAACAACCACACGUUCUCCAACUACAACCACAGCUACCGCUGCAACCACAACCACAGCUGCCCCCACGACCACUACAGAUGGCAUGAUGACUACCACAAUUCCGAUGCUUCAACUACAACAACAAAGGAGCCACAACAACCAUAGUUUCUCCCACAACAACCACAGGUGCCGCCACCACAACCACAGCUGCUGCCAUGACAACCACAGAUGCUCCAACCACAAAUGGAGUCACAACAGCCACAGUUUCUCCCACAACAACCACAGAUGUUCCAACUACAACCACAAAUGGAGUCACAACAACCACAGUUUCUCCCAUAACAACCACAGCUGCUCCAACUACAACCUCAGCUACGUCCAUAAUGACCACCACAGCUCCUCCCAUGACAACAACACCUGCAACUGCUGCAGCAGCCACCACAACCACAGUCGCUGCAACAACAACCACAGGUGCUCCAACUACAACCACAGCUACUGCUGCAACCACAACCACAGCUGCCCCCAUGACCACUACAGAUGGCAUGAUGACUACCACAAUUCCGGUCACAACAACCACAGCUGCUUCGACUACAACAACAGCAGCAACCACCACAAUCACAGCAGCCGCCACUGCUCCAACUACAACCUCAACAAUGUCCAUGAUGACCACCACAGCUCCUGCCAUGACAACGACACCUGCAACUGCUGCAGCAGCCACCACAACCACAGUCGCUGCAAGAACAACCACAGGUGCUCCAACUACAACCACAGCUACUGCUGCAACCACAACCACAGCUGCCCCCACGACCACUACAGAUGGUGCUGCCACCACAACCACAGGUGCCGCCACGGUCACCACAGCAGGCAUCACAACUACCCCAGUUGCUCAUUCAACAACCACAGCUGCUCCAUCUACAACCUUAACUACGUCCAUGAUGACCACCACCGCUCCUGCCAUGACAACGACACCUGCAACUGCUGCAGCAGCCACCACAACCACAGUUGCUGCAACAACCACAGGUGCCGCAACGGUCACCACAGCAGGCAUCACAACUACCACAGUUGCUCAUUCAACAACCACAGCUGCUUCCACUACAACCACAGCAGCUGCCCCUACAACAGCAGCUGCUCCAACUACAACCACAAAUGCCCCCACCACAUCCAUAGCUGGCAACAUGACUACCACAGUUGCUCCCACAACAGACACAGCUGCUUCUACAACAGCCAGAGCUACUACAGCAACAGCUGCAACCACCACCACUGCUGCUGGCACGAAUACCACAACGGCUUCAACUACAGCCACAGCUUCUGCGACGACAACCACAGCUGCUGCCACAAACACCACUGUACCAACGACAACCAAAAUUGUUCCCACAACCACCACAGCCACCGCUACCACAACUAA